AUGUCAGCAAUUCUUGCAGCAGCCAUUGGAGGUGCUGUAGGAGCUCUUGCAUUGAUUGCUUUGUUGGUUUUUUUCAUUUGGUUUUGUAUCUUUCGUCGUAAGAAUGUGUCAAGAACUUCUGAGACUGGCUCUUCUGAUCCAUCUACUCAAGAAGGAAGAAAUGUUGCAAUUGAGUUGUCAAUGAGGGAAGCUAGAAGGUUUGAAAUGGAGGAACUUGCUCAAGCAACAAAGAGUUUUACCAAUAAAAGCCUUAUAGGUAUUGGCAAAUUCGGCGAGGUUUACAAAGGUUUGCUUCAAGAUGGUGUUCUUGUGGCAAUCAAGAAAAGGCCCGGCUUGCCUACGCAAGAAUUCGUUAACGAGGUUCGUUAUCUAUCGUCUAUACAUCAUCGUAAUCUUGUUACUCUUUUGGGUUAUUGCCAAGAAAGCAACACACAGUUUCUUGUCUACGAGUAUGUUCCUAAUGGAAGUGUUUCCAGUCACCUGUACGGUGCUGGUGGUAAUGUACCUGGAAAUAGGCUAGAAUUCAGAAAUAGGCUUGCCAUAUCUAUAGGAGCUGCUAAAGGCUUGGCACAUCUUCACUCGCUGAGUCCUCGAUUGAUACAUAAGGACUUCAAAACUGCUAAUGUUCUUGUGGAUGAAAAUUUCAUUGCUAAAGUUGCGGAUGCAGGAGUUCGUAAUUUCUUAGGGAGAGAGGAUGUUGGCACAUCGUCUCACAUUGUUGCAGAUCAGAUUUUCCUAUCCCCGGAGGUUCAAGAAUUUAGAAGAUUUUCAGAGAAAAGUGAUGUAUAUGCUUUUGGUGUAUUCCUCUUGGAAUUAGUAAGGGGAAGAGAAGCAUCAGAACCAUCCCCUUCAAGCUCAACACAAACUCUAGUCGAAUGGAUGCAAAACAUAACGGAUUACACGGAUUUACCAACGAUGAUCGAUGAGAGACUAGGAGGUACAUACACAGCAGAAGGAGUAGAGGAACUUAUUACACUGACACUUAAAUGUGUUGAUGUAUCAAGUGAGAAGAGACCAACAAUGAGUUAUGUUGUGACAGAGCUUGAGCGAAUAUUGGACAAGGAAGUGAGCUUAACAACAGUAAUGGGUGAAGGUACUCCUACUGUUACCCUUGGAAGUCAGCUUUUUAAAGCAUCAAAAUGA